AUGAAGAUCAAUAGAAAUAGUAUCAUCACAACUCCAAAAGGGUUCUCUGAUUUCAUUCGUGUAAACCAACGUGUACUCCAUUACUGCUGGGAAAAAGAAAUAGUGGCUACGAAAAAGAACUGCGAAAAGGGGGAUCUACAAAGUAUAAUUAAUGAUCUUACGGAAAGUGCUGCUAGUAAUGGAAUAUAUGACAUAAUUUCAGAAUCACCUGAAUAUUCAAAGGAAGACGCAAACCUCAUAGAUAAGGUUGUAGAAGUCCAUAAUCAAAGAUCAAAAGGGCAGCUCUGUGUUGCAACUCCACUAAAGGAUCAUACAGAACCCAGAAUCAGAGUUGUUGCUCCCCGGUGCAAUUCUGGUGAAACACGAAACAUGAAUAAUGAAUCUCCCUUAAUGGGUGUAAGGAAUCACGUUCUGAAGUCAUCGACAGAAACUCCAACAGAUGUGCGGAAGAUCAAUGCAUCAGUUGUAUUAGAAAAGACAGAACGGUAUCGUCAUCAUCACCAAAAAUUAUCUACAAAAGACUUACGGGAUAUUAAGGGAAAUCAGUCGUCCUGUUCUGAAGAUAAGGAUUACAUGACAGAAGCAGAAGAAAGUCAGCAGAAGAAAGAAAAGAAAAUUAGGAGAGCUGAGAAAUAUAAAAGAGUAUAUGAAAACAGAAGAAAGUUGUACAGUUCGCAGACAGAAAGCAAAAAUGAAGAUGAGAGUGAGACAAAAGCAACAAGAAAUGAAUACAGAAGAAUGAAGAGACCAAUUAAGCAUAAAGAUAAACACAGAGACAAGAAUGAUUAUAUAUCAUGGAACAUAAACCAACAGAACAAGAAGCAGAAAGGACAAACAGACAUAAGCUCCGAAAAGACGGGCAUGAACAUGAAAAGACAAGCAAGAAAGGGGGAAUGGAAAUGCAACCACAAAAGUUUUCAUCUGAUUAAGGAGAUGUCUUGUAAAGCGGGAUCCUUCGCCGAAGAAUUAUUCAAAACAAUAUGCAAAAAGCAUAAACGAAAACGUGAAAUGAGAAGGAAUGUCCUACAACAGGCUACAAAGGAAGGAAAAGGAGAAGACAAUGACGGAGAACCAGAAUCUCCACCAGACCUCGAAGUCACAAUACUGGAAAGAAUUAACGUUUCUGAAAAACCCAUGGGCAGAGCUGGGAGAAUCGCUUGUGUAGAUAUGAGCAAGCUUUCUUAUCAGCCCUCAGAAUGCAGGGACAAGCCAGUGAAUAAUGCUAUUAGCGAUGAGAAACACAGAAAAAGAAGUGAUGAAGAAAGGAGGGGUGAUCAAGCCGUGGGCAAAGAGGAUUGCAGAAAGGGAAAUGAAGGGGAAAAAAGUAAAGGUGAUAAUGCCAUUAGCGAAAGGGAAUAUAGAAAAGGAAAUCAAGAUGAGGAAAUGACAGGUGACACUGUAGAAGAGGGAGAAGAAUUGAGAGAGGGUGUGUCCCAGCAAAUGCAUAAAGAGGGGAAUGGAGGAGAAAAGGGAAAAGGUGAUACAACCACUAGCGAAGAGAAAAACAGAGAAAGAAAUGAAUCUGAAAAAAGGCAAGAUGGCUAUACCGUUAACGAAGAGGAAUGCAGAAAGGGAAGUGAAGGGGAAGAAAGGAGAGGUCAUAAUGCCAUGAGCGAAGAGGAAAGCAGAAAAGAAAAUCAAGGUGAGAAAAGGAAAUCUGUGCCCAUAGAAGAGAAAGUAGAAGCGGUAAGGGAGAGUGCGAUCCAGCCAGUGCAUAAAAAGGUGAAGAUUAAAACUGAACCAAUGACUUUAGAAGAAACUCAAGAUACCUCGUGUGCAGAUCAGAUUACAAGCAUGCUGUUAGAUUAUGAAGAAGGGCAGUGUGCUGUGCAAACGCAAAACGUAGAUUUUGAAAGCACGAUAGCAGUAAAAACGGAAAAAGUACCGUCAGAUUUAGAAGACAUGUUAAGCAUAGUGAAAACUGAGCCUGGCUUCUUCAGAGAAAACAAUAUGGAAUCCACAGAAAUUACUAUGUAUAAGGAGCAGUUGAAAAUGGAAGAUCUUUCAAUUGUAAUAAAAUCAGAAACGCUUGAAGAAGAUGCAUAUCCUGCAAGCAUGGAAGAUAUUAGAAAUUACUUAAACACAUUAGGGAUGCCUGCCAUGAAGAGUGAAUAUUAG